UUAUCUUGAUGUGUUAGGAAAAAGAUAUUUGAAAUGUAAAGAUUUGUUUUUCUUUCAGUUCACACGUCUCCUCGUUCUGAUCUUCUUAUCACACACGAGCUGGUGAUCACAUAGAGAUAAAGAUGGUUGCGUUGGCCGUGGCUGUGUUUGUAACCUUGUCGUGUUGUGCACUCGGCUGCUCGGGGAACAUGAAUUCUAAUGAGCUGAAGCUUCAGAGCUUGAGGCUUCAACCUGCUGCUGUUUUCAAGCAGAUGAAGAAUCCACAGUGUGAACAAACCUCACUUCAGCAGGACGUUCUGACGCAGGUGAACAUGAAGAGCCUGAAGAAAAAGACUCACAGUGACUUCGGAACAACCCGUUUUACUUACGGCACGAGUGAUGAGGAGGAGUACGACCUGCGUUUGUCUGAGGAAGACUCCAGGAAGAAGAGUAACCCCUGCUUCCACUACACCGUCCUGGACCAGGCCUGGCGCGCCACCAACUCCACCGGCAAGCUGAAGAUGUGCGACCGCAACGCCAAAUGGAAAGGCUGGUACCGCCUCUUCUACAAGGGGAAGAGCAUCCAGAUGCCCGAGCGCUGCGUCCCCGUGAACAAGUGCAGCACCCGCGCCCCGCUGUGGCUGACCGGGCCUCACCCGAGCAGGAGGGCCGGCAUCGUCACCCGACAGGUCUGCGGCCACUGGAAGAAGAGAUGCUGCGCUUUCAAAUCCACCCCCAUCAAGGUCAAGAAGUGCCUCGGCAACUACUACGUGUACAAGUUCACCAAGCCGUCGUCCUGUGACCUGGCGUACUGUGCGGAUAUCAACACACUAGUGUGUGCGCGCUGCAGGAGAAACCAGUCCUGUGUGAGCCGAGACAGGAUCAACUGGAAGUGUAAGACAAAGAAAGUGCUCCGCAGAAAGAUCCACUUCUUCGCCUCCUUCCCGGGUCAACUCUCCGGCAAGGUGAACCGGAUCAAGUACAGCAAGGUGCUGGUGAACGUGGGCCGGGCCUUCAGCAGCCGAACCGGGGUGUUCAGGGCUCCGGUCAACGGGAUCUACCAGUUCUUCUUCUCCACUCAGACCAGCGACACCGGCAAGAAGACGGACCUGUGGCUCGUGGUGAACGGCUACUGGGUGGCCGUGUCCCACACGCUGGUCACCCGGCCCUCGUCCGUGGGCAGCCUGGCCACGUACAUGAGCUUCCUGCGCCGGGGGGCUCGAGUGUACGUCACACACAACUGUGGGAAGUCGUGGGCCAACGCGGCCUCCAUGACCAUCACCUUCGGAGGCUCACUGCUCGUCCAGUUAAAAUGAUGUGUUGACGAGGGGUUUAAUGUGUGUUGUUCUCUGGUGUGAUUAUGAAAGGGGGGUUUGUGUUUCAGUAAAUAUAAAGAAACUGUAAAAAGACCAAGUUUACACUCUCUCAGUUUCUAUUUCUCUUAUAUACAAUUAAAUUGGUGCUUUUUUUGUGUCAGAGCUAAAUACUGAAGUAAACGUGUGUCUAAUUUAAUGCUUGAAUAUACAUUUUUAAAUAAAAAAAAACAUAAAUAAAAUUUGUGGUUCAUAUUUAUUAAAUAAUAUUAGAUAAUGUGCAUUUACUUAAACAUGUCUACUAUAUUUCAGAUGUUCUCACUGCAGUAAAGUGAUUAAAAUAUCAACUGCAAGUGUCCAAACAUUAUGCAGCUAAUCUAACUGUUUUUAUCUCAGGGCAGUUAAAUACAAAAUCUCAUAAUGUUACAAAUCAUUUAAAUUUCAUCUGCCAUACUUAUGAAACAAAAUUUAAAAAGAAAACUACUCUGGAACAUGGACACAAGUUGCAUGAAUUAGAAAAGUUGAUAUAACAGAAAACUUAAAGAUGAAUAAUGUGUAUUUUUGAAGGCUGUAUGUGAAGAGGUGUACACUAUAUAGCAUAAUGUCAUUUUAUUAUAGUUAUAUGGUCAUCAUUGUUAAUUUGGACUC